CACUGCAGAAGGAGUGUUUGUGAGAGUGUUCGGCUGUGCGAAUUGUGCUAAUCCAUUUUUGUUCGGUUUGUAACUAAAGGAAGCAAAAAAACAUUGUCGACGAAACGAACAGUGCGGUGUGCCUCCUGCUGCGUUUUUGGGUGCUGAAUACUUUCCAAAUUUUAUGUUUCACGUAGCAAUAGGAACCUCUCAUGCGGCUAAGCCAGCGUAAAAUCAUCGCCCAAGUGAAACAUAGAUUAAAAUAAAAACGGCUAGCUAAAGCCAUUCCAAGCCGCCAGCGUCGAUGCGGCCAGUGCCAGCGGUACCGCGGAAGUAAAAUAGAAAGUGAUCGUGUGUUUGGGCGCGCGCAUGUGUGCAAAGAAAUUCGAAUAGGAAAAAGUACGAAGCCGGCAAAAAGCCCAAAAUUUAGUAACCACCAGCCGCCGUCAGUCGCGCUUGAUUGACCAGAAAACUCGACCGACGAAUCAAUCAUGCUUCCAACGUACCAACGAAUAAGCGGAAGCCAACCGUCGAACCCGCUGCUGCCGGUGCGGCGUUCCUUCCGGUCCAGCGAAAAGUGCCUCAUUCUGCUGGUGCUGCUGACGUUCGGUUUCGUCUGCUUCGGUGGAUUCUUCUUUCUGCCGGAUAAUUUCGGUACCGAGCGGGUGCUGAAGGUGUACAAACACUUCCAGAAGGCCGGACCGGAAAUAUUUAUUCCUCCGCCACCGCCGGCCCACGGUUUGCUGGAGGGCGAUGAAGAUCCGCACAAGCUGAACGAUCGCGAAAAGUUGCAGGAAAAGAUCAAGAAGGAACUGCCGGAUGAUUUUCUCGAAAAACCCGACCUGGAUGUGGCGCGAUCGGACGGUCCGGAGUUUGACAACAUGCUGGGGGCAGGAGCACCGGCACCGGCAGUGAUGGGACCGAUGGCCGGCGGUCCCGCGGGCGUUGUUGCCCCGCCGCAGAUCAUCGACGAACCGGAAGUGAAAGCCGUCCCGAAAGAGUCUUCCCCGGGAAGUGUCGGCACGAACACUUUCAACUCGAACGUCGGCGAAGAUUCGGACCCGUCGGUUCGCGAAAAGCGAAACAAAGUUAAAGAGAUGAUGAUCCACGCUUGGGACAACUACAAACUGUACGCAUGGGGAAAGAACGAACUGAAACCGAUCAGCAAACGGGGCCAUUCGGGUAGCAUUUUUGGGGCGUUCGAUCUCGGCGCUACCAUAGUGGAUGGAUUGGAUACGCUGUAUCUGAUGGGACUGCACAAAGAGUUCGACGAGGGUCGCGACUGGGUCGAGCGUAAGUUUUCGCUCGAGGGCGUCGGGAUGGAUCUAUCGGUGUUCGAAACCAACAUUCGAUUCAUCGGCGGAUUCCUGACAUGCUACGCGUUCACCGGUGACCGGCUCUUCCUGGAUAAGGCCAAAUAUGUGGCCGAUAAACUGCUGCCGGCGUUCCAGACGCCGACCGGGAUUCCGUAUGCGCUCGUCAACGUCAACAAUGGGAUCAGCAAAAAUUACGGCUGGGCCAGCGGAGGCAGCAGCAUCCUGUCCGAGUUCGGCACGCUGCACCUGGAGUUUUCCUAUCUCAGCGACGUAACCGGCGACUCGGUGUACCGCGAGCGGGUACAAACGAUUCGCUCGGUGCUGAAGGACAUCGAGAAACCGAAGGGCCUCUAUCCGAACUAUUUGAACCCGAAGACGGGCAAGUGGGGCCAGCAGCACAUGUCGCUCGGAGCGCUCGGCGACAGCUUCUACGAGUACUUGCUGAAGGCGUGGAUCCAGUCCGGCCACGAGGACGAGGAGGCCCGCGAAAUGUUCGACGACGCGAUGCAAGCCAUCAUACAGAACAUGAUCCGCACCAGCCCCGGCGGGCUGACGUACGUGUCGGAUCUCAAGUUCGAACGGCUGGACCAUAAGAUGGACCAUCUGGCUUGCUUUGCUGGUGGCCUGUUCGGACUCGGAGGAACGACGUUGAACAACCAGUAUUCGGAAAAGUACUUGGAAAUUGGCGAGGGAAUAACCAACACCUGCCACGAGAGCUACGUGCGGACGUACACCCGACUGGGGCCGGAAGCGUUCCGCUUCAACGACGGCGUCGAAGCCAAAGCCCUGAAGAGUGGCGAAAAGUACUACAUCCUGCGACCGGAAACGUUCGAAAGUUACUUCGUCAUGUGGCGGCUGACGCACGACCAAAAGUAUCGCGACUGGGGAUGGGAUGCGGUGCAGGCCCUCGAGAAACAUUGUCGAACGCCGAACGGCUUCAGCGGUUUGAAGAAUGUUUACCUUACGGAUCCACAAAAGGACGAUGUUCAGCAAAGUUUCUUCCUGGCUGAAACCCUUAAGUAUCUGUAUUUGCUAUUUUCGGACGAUUCCCUCCUACCGCUGGACGACUGGGUGUUUAAUACCGAAGCACAUCCGCUGCCCGUUAAGGGUAGAAAUCCCCUGUUCCGAGCAGCGGCGACCCCCAGUGGACCCUAGGCCGAACACGCUGAUAGUAUACUCCACUUACUGCAGACGAUGCAUUAUUCUACGACGUAGAAUAGUAGUACUAAAGAAGAGUUAUUUUCUGCCUUGGUUGUUUGAUGCGUGUGUACGUGCGUGCGUGCGUGGACAAAUCAUCGUUACGUGAGUAUAAAUUCGUUGUUCUGUUUCUCUGUGUUCGUAGUAGUAUCGUGACCAAGAUCUUCCUCGAUUAUCCGGAGGAAGCGCGAUUCCUUAUUAUACUGUUGUGUAGUGAUGCGAAAGAUGAGAAAACUAGCCAGUUUGACUGUUGCCGUGUGUGCGCCUCGCGUGCGAGUUCUAGUUUAUUACAACCCGCAAGAGUCAUUUAGGAAGGAAGAAAAGGAUAACACACGAGUACGUAUUGAUUUUUUUUUGUUUCGAAUGAUUGUAGUUAAUUAAAUAGGAAAAAAGAUAUAUAUAUAAACUAAAUAAUUGUGAUGAAACCCACUAAUUUAUCGGAUAGGACGAUUGUUCUGUAUAGAAUAUAAUUGAUAUUAUAGAUGAAGUAAACUGAUGACGCGCAGACGAAUGUAAAAAAGAAACCUGGAACGAUAGAGAUGACCUGUUUAGAUUAAAAACAAAACAAAAACCUAUUUUCAACUCUUCCAAAUCUUUUCCUAGUGAUAGACACAGAAACAUGAUGUUAUCACUGGCACAUCUUCUAACAGCACCCAGACGUUAAAUUAGAUAACCCACCUACAAUAUACAGAAAUGUGUCUAUAUUCGAAAACUUUAACAGAACUGUUUUCCGCGCGCGAUUGUCGAAUCUGUCGUUUUAUUGUUGUUUAAAGUAUUCUCAGUUUAAAGCAUUUGUUUUUGAAUCCACCGUAAAGUCAAGGAAGCAAACUGCUGAUAAGCAUUGAUUGGUUUGCAAAUGCUUUGCUUCUACUUGCGUAAUACUUUCAAUAACAACAAACCAGGGCAGUUCUGCUGAGCUGACCGGCAACAAAUCGGGAUCGGGCAAUUGGGGGGGAAAAUGUUCAACUAAUCACAUUUAAUCUCGAGACAGUGCCAAAAUUAGUAGAGCGCAUGACGGUUUUUUUUCGCUCGUUGAUAAUUUAAAGUACCAUUUUUGUAUUGUUUUCCCUUUCAAUAAGAACUAGAAAAAAAACAUUUCCUAAUGGUGGCAUUUUCUUUACCAAUCGGGUGCAACGGAGGAAGGAGAGCAUCAUUUCUUGGGCCUUUUAGAAACCUAUUUAAUAAAUGAUAUAUUUAGUGGCAAACGUCUCGUCGUUGUAGGUCACGAUGAGGGAGGCCAUCUCUAUUACAACGCGUCCCGCUAUCUUGAGCUUGUAAAUAUUCUGUUAUAAUUUAUUGUAGCAAAAAAAAAAACGAAAGUAAAUCAGUCAACUUUAAACGAAAAAAAAAUGCUACGAACAGAUAUCGUUACAUAAAAAGCAACAUAAACCUUAAAAGUUAGAAAACUUUGUGGCAGCCUACUGCGAGUAUAUAUUUAGUUGAAAAAAAAAAUACAAAAAAACGUAACCUUUCAAUAGCCACACUUUGUAGAAUUGUAGAAAUUGACGAAUCACGUAAAACUGAAACAGCGGGAAAUCCUGUCUGCCAGUUCGCACCAUUUUUUUUAAAUAUAAAAAAAUACCUAUGAAAAAUCAAAUCAAGAAACAAACAACCGAAAUGCGAGCGGUUUAUUUAAUGUAUUACCUAUCUACUCUACCAACCAACCAGAUGCUGACGACAUAACAAAAUGUUGAUAUAUCUUCUAUAUAGUUAGCACCAGAUUCUGCGGGUAAUUAAUAGUUUAGUAAAAUAUAAACAAAACACUAAGGUUCAACUACUACUACCUACCACUUUUUCAGUAAUGUUGCACUCUUUCAGUAGCAAGUAAAUAGGACAAUGAGUAUAAAUAAUAGUAUUUAAAGAAAUGAAAAAAAAAAAAAAACAAAAACAAACAACACUCAGAUCAGAUCUAUCAGCAGAGAACACUUAACCGAUUGAUUGCAAUGCAUUGCAUUUUAACUCGACAAAACUGUGCGGGAGAGAGAGGAAACAUACAAAAAGCACUUCACUACACUACACUAAUGAUGAGUUUUGAAAACAGAUUGAAGUCGUGCGUCGUGUGAGAGCAAGGAAGUUGGGAAUGGCGCACCGCCGCGCAGCGCCGUUGUUUCCCUAUAGUAGUUAGUGAACGUGAUGCGUGUAAUAAAAUGUCAUU